GAGAGGAGAGAGAGAAGAAAAAAGGGAUGUGUGUGAGUGUGCGGUGAUCGUUGCUGCAGGUACAGUCACAGCCGGAGAUAGAGCUUCAAGAGCCGCACCGGACCGCGGCAAGACCGCCUCGGAGCCUGCCUGCCUCUCACUCUCCUCCUCAUUUCUUCCAGUAACAACCCUCCGCGAUGUCCGGCGGAGGAGAGGUUCGCGUCCUCCGCCAAGAGGGCGGCCAAGAGAGCCCGAGGAUGCCGGCCUGGAAGCGAGAAAUCCUGGAGAGGAGGAAGGCGAAAGGCGGCGGCGGGGCUGGGGGAACCUGUGCUCCGGAGGCUAGCCCCGGGGGAGCGGGCCCGCAGCGGGUAAACGGCGAACUAACGGGGAAUGUGAACGGAGGAGGUGGUGGCGCGACCGGGCGGAACUACACCAUCACCCCGGCCACCCAGCACUUCUCCCACAACAAAGAGCCACAAGCGACGGCCGCGGCGACACCGAGGGAGGAGGGCAGACACGAGAGCCUGGUGCUGCAGGAGAGCCUUGGGCCGCUGGAGGAGAACCCAUUCAUCAAGCUGGAGAAGGAGCGGAGGAGGCGGCAGGAGCAAGAAAACGCCACCCGCCCGGUCCAGCACAUCCUGGAGCUGUACGGCAGUGUCCCCGGCAUACGGACUAUCCGAGCGGAGAACAUCAUCAUCAUCGAGUCGGACCCGGAUUACUUUCCGGAAGGUGGAGGCGUGAAAAGCGAGUGCCAAUGGCAGCAGAACGGUGUGAGUAGUUACAGCUCUCUAAACGACCUUCUGGACCGCAGAGGGAGUGCUGUUACCGAGAUAAGAGCCAAGGAAGUCGUCAUUUAUGACACCACGUUAAGCAAGAGCGAGGAGAACCUGAGCACCCUGGGCCGUCCUGAUCAGGAGGUCCCCUAUAAUACAGGUGAGGGUCAAGGUAGGGUCAGCCGGAUCCUCCAGAAGUUUGACAGCAACUAUGGGAAGCUGCAGAAGAAGUCCCACAGCACAGAGAACCUCCUGGACCUGGAUUGUAGUGCCAGCAGUAGGCCAAGACUCUGGCCCAAGACGCAGCCAGAUCUGGUGCCAAAGCCCAGGCCGGGUCCACGGGUCAGCAGCCCGGGCAGUAGCCAGCCAUCUUCGCCUGUCUUCCAGGGUCCCUGGUCUUCCAAACCAAAGCCACAGCCUGCUGUCUCUGGGCCGGGCAGCCCUCAGCGUUCACAGCCCGUGUCUUCCUUCCGUCAGCGCUUUGAGGAGAGUGGAGUCCACCACAGCGCAGCCGUCACCCCCAGAGAUGAGCCGGACAGGGGGACAAACAAGCCCACCAGGGAAAGAGACUGGGAGGCCGCUGAGGUGCCCCCCAAACCUAAGGUGCCAUGCUCUCCGGAGACCCGCCGUGCCCGUGCCGAGGCCCCCUUGAGCCCUGUCUCAUCCAAGGUGACCCGCUCCUCACACGAGUUUGAAAUCCGUCCCGCUCCAAAGCCAGACCUCGCCCAGAUUCCUGAUGGCGACACCCAAGCACGGGCCCUCGCAAACCUGCGCCUCCAGUCCCGAAACUCCUUCACAGUGAUCCCCAAGCGCCAUUUGGCUGCCUCAUCUUCAACAAGCAGCCCCAUGGUGACACCUGGCCCCAUCAAGUCCUCCCCCUCACACAGAGCAGCAGAGGUGCCCAAACCUGGAGUGCCAACCUCCCCCACCCUGUUAAAGAGGAAAGAGGAGGAGAAGGAGGUGGAGAGGCCAUCCAAACCUGAACCAUCUCCUCCCACUGUUGCCACAAGUCCUGCUCCUUCUCUCUCUGAACCUUUAUCUCCAUCCCCUGCUCCCACUUCUCCACCUGUCCUCUCUUCACCCCCCUCUUCUCCAGCUGUCCCAUCUUCACCUCCCUUCUCUCCCACCCAGUCAGUCUCUCCUCCAGUGCAACCUCCAGUGGAUCAGCUGCCAGUAACAAACAUUGACGACAUCGAGGUGGAGCCCCCACCCCAGCGUGUCCCUGUUCCGAGCCCCUUGGUGCAGAGGAGAAAGGGGAACACCUUCACUGUGGUGCCUAAACGUCGGGUGGAGUCUGACGCCCAGCUGAGCCCACCUGAGCCCCAGCAGGAAGCCCCGAGUGAAGCCCCUCCGGGGUCAACCCCUCCCCAGGCCCCCUACGCCCAGCUGGGUUCCCUGUUGAAGAAGCGCUACCCUGCUGUGGAGGAGAUUGAAGUCAUCGGCGGGUACCUCUCCCUUGCGAAGUCCUGCCUCUCCAAGACUGGCUCCACGGGCAAAAAGCUGAAGAUCUCCUUCAACGAGUCCAGCCUCCAGAGCACAUACGAGUAUCCAUCAGAAAGCAGCGUGUGGGACAGCGGGGAGGAGGAAGAGGAGGACAAACAAGAUGAGAAGCUGGCAGACGAACAGCCGAGCAUGGUGGGACGGAUCCACAUCCCUCGAGCCAGUUUGACCGGCUCACCCUCCCACACCACCAACAGCAACGAUCUGUCCAGCUACAUUCCCAAGCACUCGGUAGACUUCAGCGCCUGGCAGGAGCACAAACACGAUGACGGCAUUAACCAGGAGGAUGGCGCCUCCCAGCAGACACAGAUAACUGAGGAGGUCAUGCUCACGCCGGCGGACAGCUCCUCCCUCACCGACUACAGCAGCGAGCCCGCUCUUUACUUCUGAUCUGCCUGACCAAUCAGCUGUACAGUAGCAUCGCAGCAUCUCACCUGUGGGACCAGACUGCCUCCACCUCGACACUCCAGCCGACUAUAAGCACAUCUUCCUGACCAGACAGGAAACAUGGGUGUUUUAUUUUUGUUUUUCUGGCUGAUUUCCUGCCACGGCACCGCCACACGCCACGUUACCAGCUGCGCAUCGGAGCUGCCGGGUGGCUGGCCUGGUGUUCAAUGCCCACCUUCUUUCUGAAGCUGAAGCAACAAAUCCUAAAAAGAAAAGAAGAAGGAAAAAAAAAAAAAAGCAGCUGGGCUGUCUUUCCCAACCCGUGAUCCUCUAACGGACAGUUGAUCUGUCAGCGUCCAGAAUCUUCCUCCUCGCCACGCUGUAGAAGUUUUUGCUGCUUUCGAGGUUCAAAUUUAGCUUCAGGUUUUAUUUUAUUUUAUUCUUUUUGGAGGAUGUCGACGAGGGAAGGAGCCGACAGAGUUCAGUGUUAUCGUGGAAGCGUGUCAUUACAGCAGAUUGGCGGCAGAUAAACAUAAAAAGGGUGAAAGGGUGCCACAAUUGCAUUUCUUUGUUCUCUUUUUUUUUCUUUUUUUAUCCGCAUGUUUUGAUUUGAAUCCAGCACUUCUGUUAGUUCUGUCUUACUGUAAAGCUUCUCUAUGCCUUUUUUUUUUUCUUUUUCUUUUUUUUGUUAGGUUUUGUAUAUUUUCUGGCAGACUAUGCUGUACUGAUUGAAGCUGCUGGAUUUUUUUUUUUUUGGCAAGCAAACUUCAACACGCUUCACUUCUUCAUGUGACGAGGGAGGAAACAUAUGCACCCCACCCCCCGGGAUCAGUAGCACCUCUCAUUUCUUAUUAAAUGCUUGAUAAAGUGACCUUGGCCAACAAUGUCUGUAUGUCCGUAUUGCUGAAAUCACGUGUCCGUAUAUCCGCUCUGGAAAGCUGGUAGACCUCCCGAUGCCUUUCCUCAGCUCUUUGUGUAUUUAUUCCUGCUUAACGUUGAAGUUUGCAUGUCUGAAAUCUGCUUUUUUUUUUUUGAGGGGGGGGUCGUUUUGUUUGUUUUUGGUUUUUCGUACAGAUGUUUGCUGGUGAGGGCUCCGAAAGAUCCCCGCCAGACCAGUCGGACCUCAUCUACUUUCACAUUCCACAGGGAAAGAAGGCGGUCCACUUUGAAGGCAACAGUGAUUGUGAUUGAUCAUUAAAAGAAAAAAAAAAGGCGUUUUGUGAGAAAGAAUGAAAGUUUGUGUGUGUGUGUCUUUUUUUUUUAUUAUUCAUAUUUUUUAUAUGCUCAUAAUGCCAACUGAUUAAAGAGUUGCUGUAAAGGCCUCGCAUCCACUCUUCGGCCAGUAUUGUUGUACUGUCUCCACUGGGAUUCAUCUCUUCUGCUCAUUAUUUCAUGUAUUUUUUACAUUUUAUUUCUCCAAUCAGAUGCAAUUUGUUUCUUUGCCGUCAGGAGGUUUGUCUUUCUCUCUGAUGGAUUUACAAGUUAUAUGUUUCGUCCGGGAGUCUUGGUUGAUAAAUGUCUUUGCACUGUCAUGCUUUUAGCUUUGUUUUGCACCUCAUGAGGAAGUAAGAGUGGGCUGUAGAGGAAAUGUGCACUUAAAAGAACGAGAAGCCUACAGACUGGUGACAAAUUAGAGGAGAAGGUUAAAAGCGUCUCAAUGACGUGCCUCCAAAACACGAUGAUGUCAUCUAACACGUUGGAGACUGUAGCACUUGAUUCUUAAUGAUAUCAUCCUCAUAAAUCCAUUCAGUGACAUCCCACCUGUUUCCUUUCAAGGUCAGGGAAGGGCAUUAUCAUUCUGGAAGAGACCACUUCCAUCAACCAUGCCAGCAAAAUUGCCCCCUGAGGGCAUAUAUGGGGUUAAAGGGUUCAGGCUUUUCCUUUAAUUUGUCACCAACCUAAAUUUGGUUGAAGAGUUACAUUUCAAAGAAAACCCUGACUUAAGUCUAAGUCAGGGUUUUGAUUGGGGUGGACUGAUAUAUCAGUUUAGAUUGCACUGACUGAUAUUUAGAUAUUCUGAAAGAAAAAAGGUGGGGAUAAUCUGUGCAUUUCUAAUUUCAAUCCCAUGUCUCAGUCGGCAUGAAUGAAUUAAAAUUUGAAAUGAAACUCUUCAGCCACACACGAUUGAAUGCAUCGCGAUGAAUGCCAUGACCACUUGGUUUUCUUUUGCCACUCUAGUCUUAUGAUUGUUUGGCCUUGUCACUGUGACCAAAAACAGCAGCCCGAAGUGCAGUUUCGCCACACAGGUCCACAGGGACUUCAUCUUUGUCCGCCUACAAAAUCUCUCCAACCCCCUGCUGGUGUACACCGAUUUGAAAGAACCACUAACUUUGGAUGUUUACUUCAUGCGCUUAAUGUGACUGCUCAGCAAUGCUUCUGUUUCAGAAGACUGAAUGUAAUUUUUUUUUUCAAUAAAUUUCCUGUGGUAUGAUUAUCAGCUUACCAGAAAACAUCACAUUGAACAGUGAGCCCUAUUAUUGUUUCUCCAAAAUUUAGCAUGGCUGGAUUUGACCUUCAAUACAUUUCUCUGAAAAGGUCUCAAACUGGCAAAAAGUUAGUAAUAAUGAACACAUUUCCAUCUAUUGCAGUAUACAUUUUGCUUGGUCUGGUUCAAAAUAGCUGGACUUUCUUUGUGUUAUGUGGCUUGAUAAAGCUUCAAUUCCCAGUCAAGCGAUAACUGCUGUUGUGGAAGCUUUUAUCAGCUUCCUUUAUUAGUCCAAGCUUUCUGCUUCAGCCUGUGUGUGUGCUCACGUACAAGGAGGCAUUGGACACACUUUGGCUUUCAUUCUGCACAAAAUCAAUCAAUUGAGCAUGUCCUACUGAUAUUUUAGAUAUGAAAAGAGAGAAACCUUACAAAAAGACCCAGAAGUCUUGCCUGGUGCUGCUUAGUCAAAAGAGCCUUUCUGCAGAAAAUCAUUUAAACAUUAAAGGGUACUUGGCCUGAUGAAGUAAUAGAAGAGGAAAUCAGUUUAGCCUGUGGUCAGAUCAAAGGGAAAUUCAUUUUCCUGACUGAAUAUUCUCAGUGAUAAAUAGCCUACAGUAAAUGUGUGUUCUAGCAGCUACAUUUCCAUAAAAACACAUAAAUGCAUUUUUUCCAUCACCAACCAAAUCUGUGCAAAUUCCUGCUAGAAGAAAAUGCACAGUUUGUGCUGCUGUAACUUGAAAGCAGGGCUUCAUUCAGUGGUAUUGGUAAUAUGGUGCUCACAAGAUUGAAGGUAUAAAAUAUAUGAACUUGGAAUACAGAUCGCCUUUAAAUUUAGUUUACCAGAUAUAGUUUAAGCCUAGUUCAAGACUGAAAAGGCAAAUUUAGCCCAUUGAACCUCCAUGCCAGGGAAAUCAAGCCUAAAAGUGAAUCAGUAAAUUCUGAAACCAAAACCCGUGAGGUUGGCUGCUCUGGAUUGGGUUAUGUGUCUGGCUUUUGUUACUAAAAGAAAGCCACCUCUGAAAACACUAAAAACUAUGCUGGAUUAUACCUUGCUAACCCAAUAAUCUCUCCAAUAUCCUCCAAUCCUGCAAUACACUCGACAAUUCCCUGUCACUUGUAGCUGUGCAAACACAAUCUGCAGAAACUCGACUACGGUGCGUCUCAUGAUCAAAGACAACAUAUAAUCAAGGAUCACCUCAGAAAAAGCGAGGACCACUGAUUGAAACUUGUUGUUCACUGUGGUGUUUACAGAGUGCUCUAUCAUAUCAUGAGAGGAAAUGAAUGAAAACUGCUUGAAACACAAAAAUCUUGGGUAUGUAAACGAAAACACCAAAAAAUGUUAAGUAUGCUUGAUUUGUAGUCAUGGAUAUAAAUCCUCCAAACACACUGAUUAAAGGAGACCCAUAAUGCUCAUUUCCAUAUUCUUAUUCGUGGACCCUACCAGAAUAGCUGUGCAUGAUAGAGAGGUUAAAGUAAUUCUUAGUCUCAAAUAAGCUGAUUUAACUGCAGCUUACUUCUGAUUGGCUGCCCCUCACAAGCAACCACAGGUGGGAGGGGCCUCUGUGCUUGAGAUGACCAUAUUAGUGAUAUCCAUGCUUUCUGAUCUCAAAUAGGACCAAGAGUAGAAAACAAACUGCCAGAAACUGAAUGUUUUAAACAUAAACCUUUGUCUCUCACAGUUUAUGACCAUAAAAGCAUUGCGGGUCCCCUUUAACUGAGUCCUGCUUGGACCUCCUUUGGAAUUGUGGCUAAUGGUCACAUGACACACCUGUGGAUCCAUCAACCUGUGGUAACUACUGCCUCUGUUGACCAAAACCCACUCUGUGGUACUCUUUUUGCUCUCUCUGUGAACUGAAGGACCAAACUGUGGGCAAACUUCACUCAUCUCGUCUUAAAUGGCACCAGCAAGAACUUUUCUGAUCGCCAGAGACGCAGCACUCAACUUUAGCGCUUCUGAAGUGUACACACCGACUCUUGCCGCAGUGUCCCAACCCCCGUCUUUGUCUAUGCCCGAUGCAAAAUGAGCAGUUUGUGUUGGUCACUCUGUAGCGACACUGUGGUAGAAAGCUUGCUCAUCUUUUACUUUCCACCCUCCUCUCGUCUGUAAAUCUACAUCGCAGCAGAUGUGCUUACUGUAAAGUUAUUGUCAAUGAUUUGGGCAAGUGAAAAAAAAGUGAUGUCAUACUUGUACAAAUGAAAGCUCAAUAAAUAGAAGACUUGAAGA